AUGAUUUUUGCAGAAGACUUUGCACAACUUAUGCCAGUACUAGGCCAGGCCCUUUAUAAUGGGAAUGUUGGCACAUCAGUGGAUGCCUCCAUGUCAGAACGUGGGCAGCAAUCUGCUAUAGGUAAAGCACUUUGGCACCAAGUUACUACAGUUGUAAUUCUACGAAAAAAUAUAAGACAAAAUACACAAUCAGUGGAAGAUGCCAAGCUAAGGACAGCUCUAGAAAAUAUGAGAUAUGCACCAAAGUUGGCUGACAAACGUUUCAGAAAUGUCUCUAUCAUUACUGCUUUGAACUCCCAGAAAGAUCGAAUCAAUGAAUUGGGUUCUGUGUGUUUUGCUGCAGAUACUGGCCAAACCCUCACUGACUUUUACUCUGUGGAUACACUGGGGGUUGAGUGUGAUCCAGUCACUGGUAAAAAGCCUCGUGGAAGACCUAAGAAAACUGCUAUAUACAAAACUAUCAGUCCAAAGCUUCAAAAUUUACUUUGGAACUUGUGCCAUUUGGCCUCUGAUCAUGUUCCCAGAAAACUUUCACUGUGUAUUGGUAUGCCAGUUACUUGUGGGUGUGGGCCAGUGCUUUGCAUGGCAUGUAUGAGUCCUUUCUGUGGACUCUAA